AUGGGACGACCAUUGACAACUCUGAUUACAUGGUCAUCUCAGGUAGUUGUCAUGAGCGGGUGUCUCCCGUUCACGAGACGAACAGAUAAUCUGAUUCGUCAUGAUAACCAGGACGCUUUAGUCCUUGAAGGUUGGGCGCAGGGCUACAUGGUUGGAACUCUGGUGUUUAUGGUAGCGAUCACCGUCGCGAACAUGCGUCGCAGAGUGCUUCUCCAUAAGUUGAUUUUAGCUGAGUUAAUUCUCGGCAUGGGCCAUGGGACAUGGCUCUUUGUCCAUAAGCCGGUGUACGGGUGGUAUCUCUCUGUGACCGCAGUUUCUCUCAAUAUUUCAUGGAGUCUCCACAAUGUAAUCGCCUGGAUGAAAAAUAGACCGUUCCUUAGUAAAAGCAUGAGCAGGUUCUAUAUUGGCACGGUCAUCCUCGCGCAGCCGUAUUGGAUGCUCGAAAUAUAUGCCAACUUUACCUACUUCAACCAGAUCAAUGAACUCUUCGAGAAGACCAGACCGCUGGAAUCGCUUUUCCGUGAUCCUUGGUGGAUAUACACGACUUGCAAUCUUUUCUGGGUCAUAAAAUCUCAGUACGACUUCACCUUGAUGGAGCUCGUUCGCCAGAGUCCUCGUUUCGGUGUCAUGUUGGCCGCCAUGUGUCUCUCUAUCAUAUUUGUUAUUGUUGACUUCCUUUCUGUCACACACGUCUUUCACAAUGCCCUACCCACCGGUAUCAAUCCAUUUUGGAAGGUCAGUCUUCAGCAUAGCACUCCCAGAUCCAUGUACGCGAAUGGAGUGAAGAAGAAGGCCAUAACUAAUCCUAUCUCAAUUCGCCAGCUUUCCUUCGUCUUCAAAUGCCUUUGCGAUAUCGUUAUUCUAGAUGAUUUUAAAACUGCUCUGGACCGGUUGCGUGAUUACGUGCUCAUAAAAAAUGGCACCGUGGAACAGCUCGUGUAUCCUCAGCAGAGGCUAACCCCGCGAACGGAGUCUCCACGAGGAAGAUAUCGUUCGACCCGCAGCCCAAGUGCCAUUAGGCAACCCGAGGCAGUAGCUGGAGGAGAACGCAGGCCGAGUUAUUCUUCACAACAUGUUAGGAAAUGUAGUUGUUCGGAGUCUGGCAACGAGGCACAGUUCUUAGAGGUCGUUUAA